UAUCCUAGGCUUCUCCAUGUGAAAUUGUAGUUAUAUUCUAACACGUGGUGGUGUGUGCAGGCUAGGGCCAUAUCAAAACAAGAUCAAGAAUCGGCGGGAGUUUUUUUUGUGACACUUUAACUAGGCUAACAUCUUUCACCUUCAAGCGCGACAUGGGAGUACCCAAUAAAGUUCUGACAUUGGUGUUAAUUAGAGAGGAGUACAGGAUCCUCCUGGGCAUGAAGAAACGGGGCUUCGGCGUCAAUCGAUGGAACGGGUUUGGCGGGAAAGUGGAAGCUGGGGAGACCAUUGCCCAAGGAGCCAAAAGGGAGGUGGAGGAGGAGUGUGGUCUCACACUGACAGAAUUUGAGGAAGUCGGGAGGAUAGAUUUUGAGUUUGUCGGCGAGCCACAGAUUCUUGAGGUGCACAUCUUCCGAGGGGACAAAUACGAGGGGGAACUUCAAGAAACGGAAGAAAUGAGACCCGAGUGGUUCGCACUGGACGCCAUUCCCUUCCACAGCAUGUGGCCUGACGAUGCAUACUGGUUUCCCAUUUUCCUUCGGGGGUCGAAGUUCAAAGGUUACAUUAAGUUUGAGGGUCACGACAAAAUAUUGGACUGUAGUCUGGAGGAGUUGGAGACCACAGACAGCAAUUGUGUAAAGUGACUCAAAUAGAGACAUUUGGGGCAUCUUUUCAUGUAAAAUUGGUUCGCAGUCUGCUGAAUUAAGAUACAUACACGUGAUGCUGCUCUAUUUUUAUACUCUGUCUAAGGUGUGAUAGGUUUCUAUAAUUGAACAAAAGCAGCUUUGUUUUCAUUUAAAUGACAACUCACUUGGUUAUUCCAAUUGUAAAUUGGUAUUAAAAUGGGUGUGUAUGCACAUAAUUAGUAUGUUUUCACCUUUGUUUCCAAAACAGUGAAUUUAAUUGAAAUCGAUCUAAAAUGUAAAUGUCCAUAUUCUAUGGUAUUUUUCCUUAUUUGGCAAUGUGGGUUUCGUCUUCUUGAGUUUUGUUGUAAUUAAAAACAAUUUCAUUUUUUUCAUCUGAAACAUUCACAAUUUGUAUUUAAAAAUUCCAAUUGUUCCUAUUUUUUUAAUGAAAAUUUAUGAAAAUUGGGUUCUUUAAAAAUAACUUGACUGGAACAUGUAUCUUCCGUUUUUAAAACAUUCUAUCUCAAAACCACACGUGCUGAACUGGACUGAAAUGCAUUGCUUUAUCGCUCAACAGGGGGCGCUUUACCAGACAUCUUGUUGAUAUUGUGCACUCCUACCGUGCUCUUAAAUUGCGAGGGUGCAGGAGAGUAUUAGCCCGAAAUUGCCUACGCCGGCCAAAUCACGAUUUGAAUGCCCUCAAUGUUUUUCAUAUGAGAACAUUUUGUAAAAAAAAAAGAAGGGUGGAAGCCGUGCACAGGACUGCGAGCUCUUAUUUCUGUGAAAUUCAGAUGAAAUGUGGCCAAAAAAUGCUCUAUAUUUUGCAAUGGAGCGUAGGCAUUCCUUUUUCAAAAUGGCGAUGGUCUUUAGGACUGCUUUUAGUGGUGAUCAUCAUUGGAUGGAUUUUCUCCAAAAAGUCAUCGAUAAACCCCCCAAAUAAUUGUGCAGAAAAUGAAAGAUGAUGAAAAAGCUUUCAUUGGUGUGUCCCUAACACCUUGGAGGGUUGUGAGUAUUUUUCAAAAUGUUUGGAGGUGGGCGUAAUUAUCACUGAGGUCUAUGGCAGUUUAUUAAUUUAUUUACUGGUCUGCAACCUGCGACAAUCCUAUCCUUUAAGAGCUUGUGACGGCUUGUCUAUCUCACAAGAUUUGGUGAAGGAAAGGGAGAACAUUGUUAGUAGAUUAAUGUCAUUCCUGCACCCUGCAUCCUUAUACAAACUCUGCGCGCACGAUGCAAGUGUUGAGACCAUUGGUCGGCGGUCACACAAUAUUUAUCUGCAACUCAAAAAAAAUUCGCCGUCGACACCGCCCUUGGUUGGGGCAAAACAGUUUUGUGUCGUUUUAGACGCACACGUUAGCUAAAAGGAAACCUGUAAAAGUUGUACGGAAAAAUUAACAUAAUUAAAAAAAGUACUAGAACUUCAACAAUUUUUUUUACCAGACAACUUGCCUGUAACUUUUAAAUACAUGUGAAAAUCUUAAUAAAGUGCGUUGAUUGGUGAUCAUCAACAAUUAACAUUUA